AUGGCGGCCCGAACACCUUCAUCUCGCAUUGAGCUUCUUAGAACUUCCCAAACUUGCUACGGUUUUCUAGGCCGCAGUAAGGGCAUGGCUUGCUCCGCCGUCCGAAUGACGUCCUUCAGUAUGCUUCUCUUCUUCAUGUUCACGUCCCAACUUCUUUUUUCUCCCGUCUGCUUUGGCUUCUAUCCGAGGCAUUUCGCGUUAUCCGAUAACAGAAGACACUGGUGGUUCCCUGCCGGAGCAACGUGGUAUGGAGAAGCCAGGGGAGACGGCAGUGAAGGUGGAGCUUGUGGGUAUGGAAGUGCAGUGGGGCUGGCUCCUUUCUCUUCCAUGAUAGCGGCAGGUGGCCCUUCUCUUUUCAAGGCCGGCAAAGGAUGCGGUGCCUGCUACCAGGUGAGGUGCACGGAUCGCUCCUUGUGCUCGGGGAGACCAGUGAGGGUGGUGAUAGCAGAUGAGUGUCCUGGCUGCCUCUCUGAGACCGUCCAUUUUGAUCUCAGUGGCACCGCUUUUGGCGCCAUGGCCCUGCCCGGCAAAGCAGACGAGUUAAGAAAUGCAGGCAUCUUGCCUAUACAAUUCUCAAGGGUGCCCUGUGAGUACAGCGGCAGGAAGGUGGCCUUCCAUGUGGACGUGGGCUCGAACCCUUACUACUUCUCAGUAGUGAUCGAGUUCGAAGACGGCGAUGGCGACCUCGCCGGCGUCAGCUUGCAGGAGUCGCAGAGAGACUCUCUUCUGUCCAAUGAGUGGAUGCCAAUGCAACAGUCAUGGGGCGCCAAUUGGAUGCUCAACGCUGGCUAUUCUCUGCAAGCGCCAUUCUCGAUCCGCCUGACCUCUCUCAACUCCCGGGAGACCUUGGUGGCCCGGCAUGUCAUUCCGGCAGGGUGGACGCCUGGUGCAACCUACUAUUCCCCUGUCAACUAUGGCUAUUAA